GGUUCCCGCAGAGCCCGCAAAGAGUGUUGGAGCUGCAAGGAAAGGGUCUCGUCAUGGCGAACAGAGUGGCAGACUUGGUGUACUGGCGGGACACCCGCAAAUCGGCGUUUGUGUUCACCGCCUUGAUGGUGGCGUUGCUGUGCCUGCUGCAUUUCAGCAUCAUCAGCGUGGCCUCCUACGUCUCCCUGGCCGCCCUCGGCGUCACGAUCUCUCUCAGGGUUUACAGCAAACUGCUACAGGCCAUUCACCGGGGAGAGGGGAAGAACCCCUUCCAGGCUCAGCUCGAUGCUGACUUGGGGCUGUCGAAAGAGCAGCUGGAGCACCUGACAGAGCGAGUCGUCUUCUUCGUCACGACGGGCACAAAGUCCCUGCAGCGCCUGUUCCUGGUGGAUGACAUGGUGGAGUCCAUUAAGUUUGCUUUCUUGUUCUACAUCCUCACGUAUGUGGGAGCUGUCUUCAAUGGACUGACCUUGCUUAUACUGGGUGUGAUAAGUGCAUUUACCUUCCCUCUGCUGUACAGGCAACAUCAGGCACAGAUUGACCAGUACGUAGGGCUGGUGAGGAAUCAGCUGAGUAACCUCAGAGCAAAGAUGCUGUCCAAGCUGCCAACAGCCAAAGCGAAAGCAGAAUGAAUGACUCCCCUUCUCUCUCCCCCACCCUACACAGACUCACACACACUCAUACUUACGCCCUGCUCCUUCCACCCGCUCUCCCAAACACCCCCAAAGAAACCCUCCCUCUCCAGAAAGAGGGCCCAAGCUUCCCUCCCCCGUGCAGAUGCAUGGGGCCCCCAUUGCUUGCAGGCUGCACAGGGCAGGCAGCUGCUUUGCUUCUGCCAAGUCCCCCUCCGACCCGGAGGUCUGAGAAGACAGGCGGCCCAGAGCAGGGAGGGCAAAGCAAAAACCCUCCCCUGGGCACCCCAGGAUUCUCCUCUGCUAACUGCACAUAGAGAAGCUACUUCUCCCAGCAUGCUCUGCUCCACCUGAGCAGCCUGCACGGCAUGCUGGGCGUUGGCGUCUCU